AUGGCGGGCAAAUCUGUAUUCUGUGACUUGUUGGCCGAACUUGACUAUAAGUUUUGUGGGCUUGACCACUGCAUCAGUAAAUUGCAUGAGAUCAUCAAGCAUUUUGUAACAAGCAAAAAGGGUGGUUCAGCGGUCGUUAGUGGACCAAAAUCUUCGGGUAAACGUUCGGUUAUAUCGAAAAUAGUGAUGAAUUACGUCGAUUGGAUGGAAAUAAUUUUCAUUGAUGGGUUGAUUCAAGCAAGUGAAGCAAGUGCUCUGAAAACAUUACAAACUCCGGAUAAUAAUUCAAAGCAAUUAAAGUUUGUUGUCGUCUUCAAUUUCGAUCAUUUUAUUAGAGGUCGACAAAUAUUUCUUUAUACCCUUCUAAAUUCUUCGCUAUCUGGACCACUUUUUGCUCUUUGUGUCACUUCUUGUCAAAAUCACAUGGAAUUGCUCGAAAAACGUGUUCGAUCGCGUCUUUCUAGUUCAUGCAUAUCGUUCGCGCAACCAUGCUUGUCAUUUAACGAUUUUUCGAAAGCAUUCAUCUCAUUUUUAUAUAUCAAUAUGAACGAAUAUGAAGGACAUAAUAGACUGAUCAAGGCGUUUGUUGAAGACACCAGCAUUCAAUGUAAAUUGCAUGAAAUAUAUAAUGAAACAAGAAGCUACUGCAUUUUGAAACAGAUUACAGCUACGUUUUUUUGUUUCAUGGAUGCUGAACACAUCAGUAGCAUAUCCAACCCUCAGGCGUUAAGAAUAUUUAGGGAAGCAAAAAGUGCUGUUGUUGCUGAUGAAGAUACAAUGAAGUCGAUAAUUCUAGGCCUUACAUUGCGACAGCUGUGCCUUCUUCUGUGUUGUGUUCGUUUAGUUCGAAACAAACGACGACAGGAUUUUACAUUUCGUGAAAUAAUAUUAGAUUAUCGUAAAAUGGUCAACAUUUAUUUGCCAAUGCUUAAUGUAAAAGAUGAAUUGAUACUGCUCAAAGAGUUGGAUACGUUGUGUUGUUUAACAGCACUAGAAGAGAGAGAUGAAGGUGGUCAGUUGUUAUUUCGGAGGACGUCUUUGCAGGCAUUGGUUGAUAUCGACUUUGUUUUGAAUUGCUUGAAAGACUUCACUCCUUUGCCAACAGUUAUAAUGCAAUGGUUGGAUGAUUUAGAAAGAUGA